AUGGGUAUAAUCAGUACAGUGAUGGGUGCGUUUGGUUUCGGGUUUGGAACAACGAUAGGGGUUGUGAUCGGCUACUUCAUGUUCAUCUAUUCCCAAUCCACUGAUGUCCAGGACCCUGAAAUUCGACCUUUGGCUGAGUUGGAGCCAGAAAGCUUGGCAAGAAUGUUCCCUGAAAUACCUUUGUGGGUGAAAAAUCCGGAUUUCGAUCGAAUUGACUGGCUUAACAAGUUCAUUGAGAAUAUGUGGCCUUAUCUGAACAAGGCCAUUUGUAAGACGGCGACCACAGUGGCAAAGCCUAUCAUUGUAGAGCAAACUCCAAAGUACAAAAUAGAAUCUGUUGAGUUUGAAAAGCUCACUUUGGGUUCACUUCCACCAACUUUCCAAGGAAUCAAAUUUUACACCACUGAUGACAAAGAACUGAUCUUGGAGUUGUCGAUUAAGUGGGCAGCUAACCCCAAUGUCCUUGUUGCAGCUAAAGCAUUUGGGCUAAGAGCAACUGUUCAGGUGGUGGAUUUGCAAGUUUUUGCCACUCCAAGGAUCACCCUGAAGCCAUUGGUCCCGUCUUUCCCCUGUUUCGCCAAUAUAGCCGUGUCCCUCAUGUCAAAGCCACAUGUUGAUUUCGGACUGAAGUUACUGGGAGUAGAUGUCAUGGCCAUUCCUGGCUUAUAUCGUUUUGUCCAGGAACUAAUAAAAGACCAGGUUGCAAAAAUGUACCUCUGGCCAAAGAGCCUGAAUGUGCAGAUAAUGGAUCCUUCUAAAGCCAUGUUGAAACCUGUCGGAAUACUUGAUGUUAAGGUUGUCAGGGCAAUUAAACUUAAGAGGAAGGAUUUCCUCGGCGGAUCAGACCCUUACGUGAAAUUAACGCUCACCGGGGACAAGCUUCCCGGAAAGAAAACGGUUGUUAAACACAGUAAUCUGAAUCCAGAAUGGAACGAGGAGUUCAAUAUGGUUGUCAAAGAUCCAGAGACCCAAGAAUUGGAACUGACUGUGUAUGACUGGGAACAGGUCGGUAAACCCGAUAAGAUAGGAAUGAAUGUGAUUCCGCUAAAAGACCUUGCACCCGAGGAGCCAAAAGUUAUGACACUUGAACUCUUAAAAUCCAUGGACCCGAAUGAGCCCCAGGCCGAGAAAUCACGUGGACAGCUCGUUGUUGAGGUUGAGUACAAACCCUUCAAAGAGGACGCAAUCCCGGACAACUUAGAUGAUCCAAAUGCAGUAGAGAAGGCACCUGAGGGAACACCAUCUGGUGGUGGCUUGCUUGUAGUUAUAGUACAUGAAGCUGAGGAUGUAGAAGGGAAGUAUCACACAAAUCCUUUCGUCCGUUUGCUGUUCAGAGGAGAGGAGAAAAAAACUAAGCGUGUAAAGAAAAACAGAGACCCGAGAUGGGAUGAAGACUUCCAGUUCACGUUAGACGAGCCUCCAACAAACGAUAAACUUCACGUGGAAGUCGUCAGCACCUCUUCUCGCAUGGGGUUGAUCCAUCCAAAGGAAACUCUUGGGUAUGUGGUGAUAAACCUUGCUGACGUUGUGAGCAACCGAAGGAUCAACGAGAAGUACCAUCUGAUAGACUCCAAGAACGGUCGGAUUCAGAUCGAGCUUCAAUGGAGAACCUCUUCUUGAUGAAGAGGUUUCUGUUUCUCUCUUUCAUCUUCCUCUCAGUUCAUAAAACACUACUUUUGUUUUUGGUAAUAAUGUUAUUCAAAAUGUAGAGGACCGAUUCUGUUCUUGAUUUUUUUUUAUUUCCAUAUUUGACCUUUGUUUCCACUACAUUAAAGUCUUUAGAUUUAAUUCUUUAUAAUAUCGAUGAUGGA